CUUAUGGCGUUUACAUAUGUAUAUAGAAUUUGACAUGACACUGUACCGUAGCUCGUGAGGAAUAAUACUGCAUGAUUGUGGACAGACCAGAAAUUAAUUAUGAAUUUUAUUAAUUUACGACAGUGUUACAAACUUAUUUCUUUUAGAUCAUUACAUCAAAGAUCAUGUAUUUGUGAUAAAUCGUUAAAAACUAUUUCACAUAUGAUAUUUCCUCUCCAUAGUAAUUUACAAAAAAAUAUUGUAAAAGUACAACCAACUUUAGAGUUUUCAACUUCAAUAUAUCUUAAUACUGAUAUGGACACUGUAUCUGAAAAUAAUAAAAAGUCUCAUAAUAUUGAUUAUAAUGAACUUUUAAAAGCUCAAAAGGAUAGUAGUGUUUUAAUCAUUGACGUCAGAGAAAAAGAAGAAAUUGAUGAAACUGGAAAACUACCUGGAAGUAUUCACAUACCAAUGGGGGAUGUUGCCAAUACAUUGUUGAGCCUUUCUAAGGAAGAUUUUAAGGAGAGAUUCAAUAAGGAAAAACCUUCCAAAGAUACAAGAAUCAUAUUAAGCUGCAGAUCUGGAAAAAGAAGUGGCAUUGUUCAAGAAGAGAUACAAAAACUUGGAUAUGAAAAUGCAUACAAUUAUGUUGGAGGAUGGCUGGAUUGGGAAAAUAAUCAAAAAGUAUAA